AUUAAACCUCAGAGGAAGAAGAUUAGCUUCACCACACUUUCUGUUGUUUUGUCGUGAUGCUGACUUAAUACAAACUGUUAGAAAUGUUGUUUCUGUAAAUAGAAAAAUACAGGUUUUGGAUCUGUUCAAUAAAUAUCUGUAAUGUUGUCAUGCUCAUAGUCGUGAGUAAGUUUUUAAGCAGAAGCAGGAAUAUCUGAAGGGGUAUCAGCUGAACUGAGAUCUUCUGCCGUGAAGAUGAUGUUUGUUAGAGAGGAGAGUGAAGAGGACCUGCGUGAACCAGAACCCUGGAGAAUAAAACACAAGGAGCAUGGAGGCCUGAAGAAAGUGAACCAAGAAAUACUUUUUCUGAAUGAGGUGAAAGAGAAAUAUCAGUGUCAGGAAGUUCGUAAUGUUACUGCUGGAGAAAGAUCAGUGAGUUGCAGCAUUCCAAAAACAGAAGUCAAAAGGUCUUUCAGCUGCUUUGAGUGUGGAAACAUUUACAAACAGAAAGAAGGCCUUAAGAAACAUAUGAUAAUUCAUAGUGGGGAAAAGCCUUUCACUUGCUCUCAGUGCGGAAAAACUUUCACGUGUAACGAAAACCUUAAGAAUCACAUGUUAAAUCAUGCUGGAAUAAAGCCUUUUAUCUGCUCUCAGUGUGGGAAGAGUUUUACACAGAAAAGGCAACUUAAGGAUCAUAUGCAUAUUCACACUUCAGAAAAGCCUUUUACCUGCUCUCAGUGUGGAAAAACUUUCACACGUAAAACAAACCUGAAGAAGCACAUGUUAAUUCAUUAUGGAGUAAAGCCUUUCACCUGCUCUCAGUGUGGGAAGAGUUUUACACAGAAAGGACAUCUUAAGAAUCAUUUGGUUACACACUCUUCAGAAAAGCCUUUCAGCUGCUGUCAGUGUGGAAACACUUUCACGCGUAAAACACACCUUGAGAAUCACAUGUUAAUCCAUGCUGGAAUAAAGCCUUUCCCCUGCUCUCAGUGUGGAAAGUCUUUCACACGUAAAGCAUACCUUGAAAUUCACAUGUUAAGUCAUGCUGGGUAAAAGCUUUCAGCACCGGACUGGGGGUAAACCCAGUACUGAUUACCAGGACCCCAAAGGAAAAGUGGGCCCUUGAAAAGUCUGGAAUAUUAGGACUGCUUAUACAUAGGGCCCGGGAUCUUUUGCAGCACCCCUGGCUCUCAGUAUGGAUAUGUAAAUGAAGAUUUAAUCAUGAUAUGAGAAUUCAGACUGAAGAGAUGCCUUACCAGACAAUUCAUAGAAAUUUAAAGCUUCACCCCUGUCCUGUUUGUUGCUGGAUAUUUCUACAGGUUUUAAAAGUGUGAAAAACUUGUGUGCUUUGUAGAGAUGGUUUUAAAUGUAUUACUGCUCUUAUGGAUGAUACAUUUGGUAUUUGUAUUGGUUCAUUUUGUUAUUUAAAAAGUCCCUUUGGCCCAAUUCUCAGAAUGUAAACUUUAUCUCUUAAAACUAUAAAAUAAGCUCUCCGAACAGUUAGUUUCUUUUUUUUUUCUGUUUACAUGUAACACACUGCUACAGAAAUAAAUGUACUGUAUAAAUUAAAAUGUGCAUAUUCUUUUUUUCUGAGUACAAUAACAUAGACUAUUCCCAGUAAACUCUUACCUACCACUGAAAUCAACAUAAAUG